UAGAAGGACGUUAGUACAUUGCACAGCAUGGUGGAUGAUUAAAGAAGGCACAAUGGCACUAAAUGCUUUCAAGAGGUUAAGCUUGCCUACUCUCAGUGCUUAUAACGAGCGUUUUGUGUGUGCUUUUUUAACCCAGUCACGUGGUUAUGCAAAGAAAGCAGUAACCAAAGCAAAAGGUAAAGGAAUGGUAAAGGAAGUUCUUAAGGGUCCAGAAGUUUGUAAGGAUCCAGUUAAACUUUGCACGCAUGCAGUUGGAGUUAACAUUUUCAAGCAGGGUGAGGACCCUCCUCUUAAACCCAAGGAGGAGUAUCCAGAUUGGCUAUUUCAAUUGGACCUUGGUCCAACCAAAAAACUCAAUGAACUGGAUCCAGAUAGUCGGGAAUACUGGAAUCUUUUAAGGAAGGAGCAUAUUUGGAGACAUAAUAAACUGCAUAAAGGCAAAAAGAUGUAAAGGAUUUGUACUGAAUCAUAUACCUAUGGGUGCCUCAUUUGCUUUUCCAGCAGGGACAGUGGACAUUACCUAGUGCCCAGGUCACAUUCUGUUUGCCAGCUGACAGGACUACCAAUACAGAGUUUUACAAUUCUUGAAAACCCAGCCUAUUUGCCAUUUUAUGUUUAAAUCAGUACUGACAAGGUUAAACAAACAUGUACCGAAGGAUCAAUUGGUUUGAGUUUGGACAUCAUUCUGUGCGUUACUAUUAUUGUCAUUAUGUGGAUUGGUCUCACUCCAGUCACAUGAAAGAAUAAUUCAAUUUUAGAAUAAAGAUUACAUUAUCAAUUAGCCAUGUCUAAAAACUGUACUCUGUUGUGCUUGUUUUGGAAU